GAGGAGUCAUAUUUGUCAGGCGGCCCGGGGGCAGCCCCUGCGGAGUGAGGGCCCCUGGGUCCUUGGCUUCGGAGCGGGAUCGGACGGAGCGAGAGAGUGGCCAAGAUGAACCUGGAGCUGUUGGAAUCAUUUGGGCAGAACUAUCCAGAGGAAGCUGAUGGCACCCUGGAUUGUAUUAGUAUGGCUCUUACAUGCACUUUUAAUAGGUGGGGCACUCUCCUAGCAGUGGGUUGUAAUGAUGGUCGAAUUGUCAUUUGGGACUUCUUGACAAGGGGCAUAGCAAAAAUUAUAAGUGCCCAUAUCCAUCCAGUCUGCUCUUUAUGUUGGAGUCGAGAUGGCCACAAACUGGUGAGCGCAUCCACUGAUAAUAUGGUAUCUCAGUGGGAUGUUCUUACUGGUGAUUGCGACCAAAGGUUUCGUUUCCCAUCUCCUAUCCUGAAGGUCCAGUACCAUCCCCGAGAUCAAAACAGGGUCUUGGUGUGUCCCAUGAAGUCUGCCCCAGUCAUGCUAACUCUGUCUGAUUCAAAACAUGUCGUUCUACCAGUGGAUGAUGACUCUGAUCUGAAUGUGGUGGCUUCUUUUGACCGGCGAGGGGAGUAUAUCUAUACAGGGAAUGCAAAGGGGAAGAUCUUAGUCUUAAAGACAGACACCCAAGACCUUGUGGCUUCCUUUAGAGUAACAACAGGAACCAGCAAUACCACAGCUAUUAAAUCCAUAGAGUUUGCUCGGAAAGGGAGUUGCUUUCUUAUAAAUACUGCUGAUCGCAUAAUCAGAGUCUAUGAUGGUCGGGAAAUCUUGACUUGUGGAAGAGAUGGAGAACCAGAACCAAUGCAAAAGCUACAAGACUUAGUAAAUAGAACACCUUGGAAAAAAUGCUGUUUCUCUGGUGAUGGAGAAUACAUUGUUGCAGGGUCAGCACGUCAGCAUGCUUUGUACAUUUGGGAGAAGAGCAUUGGAAAUCUAGUGAAAAUCCUCCACGGCACUAGGGGGGAGCUGCUGUUAGAUGUAGCAUGGCAUCCUGUCCGACCCAUCAUCGCAUCAAUUUCUAGUGGUGUAGUGUCCAUUUGGGCUCAAAAUCAAGUGGAAAACUGGAGUGCCUUUGCACCUGAUUUUAAAGAACUAGAUGAAAAUGUAGAAUAUGAAGAGCGGGAAUCUGAAUUUGACAUAGAAGAUGAAGACAAGAGUGAGCCAGAGCAGACAGGUGCUGAUGCGGCAGAAGAUGAAGAAGUGGAUGUGACUAGCGUAGAUCCCAUUGCUGCUUUUUGUAGCAGCGACGAAGAAUUGGAAGACUCCAAAGCUUUAUUGUACUUGCCUAUUGCUCCUGAAGUGGAAGACCCAGAGGAAAACCCUUAUGGACCUCCUCCUGACGCAGUCCAGACUGCAAUUCCUGACGAGGGUAUUGGCUCUGAGAAGAAGAGGCAGUCUAUGUCUGAUGGACCUCAGCCCCCAAAGAAGAAACCCAAAACUACCAACAUAGAACUGCAGGGAGUUCCCAAUGAUGAGGUCCAUCCAUUGCUGGGUGUGAAGGGAGAUGGUAAAUCCAAGAAGAAGCAAGCAGGCAGACCGAAAGGAUCAAAAGGUAAAGAGAAAGAUUCUCCAUUUAAACCGAAACUCUACAAAGGGGACAGAGGUUCUUUACCUCUGGAAGGAGCAGCGAAGGGUAAAGUGCAGGCGGAGCUGGGACAGCCUUUGCCAGCAGGUGGCGGGAUCUCAGAGCUCUUAUGAGUAUAUCCUUCCCUUCCCUAUCUACCCUUAUUUCCUACAUUGAAACAAUAAUAUGGAGUAAGGACAAAAGAUUGAGUCAGAUAAUGGACUGACUUUAAGUUAAUACAGUCAGAACCAGAGACCCAGCUGCCUGUGGACACAUGGACCAUUUAUU